UGGGCUGAGGCAUGGAACCAUCAUAGGAUGAGUACCCAUGACCAUGGCAUGUCAAGUCCCCACAAGAUGUAUUUCCUCAGUAUGCUGCAGCAUGGUGCACAUGGAUUUGAGGUGGCACCUACAUUUCAUCCUCCAGAGGACACCCUUCAAAGUGAUGAAGCUGUUGCAGAGUAUGGGAUUGAUUGGGAUGGUAUAGACAACCAUGAUAUUCACUCACAUCAUGACAUGGUCAACCAACCAGACCCUCUUGGCAACAAUUCCUUUGUGGCCUACAUUCCAGAAACCUUCAAUCAUAUUAAAGUGGAUGAGCCUGACUGUCCAUUGUCUCCUGAACAACUUGCUCACCUA